CCGGUAAAAAUAAAAGGUCCGGUGCUUGGGUGGGGAGCUACUUCCUGGAAGAGGCUGCGGAGAAACAGCUCCUGCCAGAGCUAGGCCAAGCUCCAUGGCAGCAGCGGUGGCCCCCUCCGAAGACCCCAGGGGCCCGAGAGCCAGCCCCAAAGUCCUGGGCCCCGAGACAGACCUGGAGAGCGGCUCAGGAGGGGAACCAGCCAGCCACCAGAAAGCCAUCCCCGCUGCCCACUUCACUUUCCUCAUCGACUGUGCGCACGGGAAACAGCUCUCCCUGGCAGCACCUCCAGUGCGGCCCCGAACCCCCAGACCCAACCUAGGACCUGUCACCCCUCCAGUGAAGACCUACAUCUUAUUCUGUGGGGAAAACCAGCCCCACCUGAUUCAGGAAGCCCCACUGGGUAGGGGAUGCCUUGCCCAGCCCAGGAGCAGCCUGCCGUCCUGUAGACGGAUGGUGGCCCCGGCUUCCUCCCCAGUCAGCCCACUUUGCCCCCAGGAGGCUCCUGAAGCCAAGCGGGGCCCCUCAAAGACGGUGCCCUUGAGGUUUUCAGCGUGGGGGAGAGUCAUAGGCUCCCUCAAAGCCCUCUCCUCCUGUGUGUGUGGGCAGGCCGACGGAGCAGAAGUCUUUGUGCCUGAACCAAGGAAGGAGCAUUAGACCCACUACAGGGCGUCUGACACAGGCCUGCAGUACACCCAGGGUAUCCGUCUUCUCCCAAUCCAUGUUAUCCUUUCAUCGGAAGCAGGAUCAGUAACCGCCGCAUGGAAGGAGAUGAAUUCAUUCAUACGGCAAAUUCUAACGGAGCACCUUCUACAGGCCAGGCUCUGCAAAGUACUAGAGAAGAUUCCACAACUUUCAGAGCUUAUAUUUUCGGGGCAGGGGCGAGGUGGGGAAAGGGGUUAAAUAAGUGACCAAAUAAAUAAAGAUGACUUUA